AUGGAGGCUCCUGCGGCGUCUUCGCCUGCGAUCGGUUUUCCAACCGACGGUCGAUGCAGCUACUUUGUGGAAAAGAAGAAGCGCUUCUGCAGGAUGGUGGCGGCCGCGGGGAAAAGGUUCUGUGGUGAACACGCUGGAUCCGCGGAGGAAGAAAAUGCUCGGAAAAGAAUCUUGUGUCCUUUAGAUCCAAAACACACGGUAUAUGAAGACCAACUAGCUAAACAUUUGAAAAAAUGUAAUUCAAGAGAGAAGCCUAAGCCUGAUUUCUUUAUUCAAGAUAUAAAUGCAGGAUUAAAGGAUGAAACGGAAAUUCCUGAGCAAUUAGUUCCAUUUUCUUCUCUAUCUGAAGAGCAGUUGGAAAACUUAAUUAAGAAACUGAGAAAGGCAAGUGAAGGCUUGAAUUCGACACAUGAAGAUCACAUUAUGUCCCAUCCAGCAUUACAUGAUGCCCUUAAUGACCCGAGAAAUGGUGAUUGUGCAGUCAAACACCUGAAGCAGCAGGCUUCUAUUUUAGGUAACAUUGAAAAAUUACAGUUACUUGGUCCAAGAAGAUGCUUUGUUGAGUUUGGAGCAGGAAAGGGGAAAUUAUCUCACUGGGUUGAUAUUGCCUUAGAAGAUGCUGAAAAUGUCCACUUCAUCCUGGUAGAAAAAGGGACCACAAGAUUCAAGGUCGAUGGUAAACACAGGAAAAAGAACUCGGUGUUUGAAAGACUUCAAAUUGAUAUCCAGCACUUGUGUUUGAACAGGAUUCCUGUGCUAAGAGAAGGAAGACUGCCUGUGGUAGGAAUUGGGAAGCACCUGUGUGGGGCUGCCACAGCACCAGGAGAUGCGAGCAGAAGGAUCAGGAAUUUGAGAUCAGCAUCAGCUACACAGAACCUAUCUCAAAACAAACAGAAACAAAACCAAAAAACUACCUUCUCAAGCCUAGAUCUUGCAUUACGAUGUUUGGUUGAAACCUACGCUGCCAGUUUUGAGGAAAAGGAUGAAGAACCUUUAGCCAAACGUAUAAAGAAUGAUAAACCAGGAAAAGAAAGUAACACUUUGGCCAAGGAAGGAAAUGAAAAAGAUGUCCCAGAGACACAGACCCCUGUGGCUGGCAUUGUGAUUGCGCUCUGUUGUCACCACAGGUGUGACUGGAGGCAUUAUGUGGGCAAAGAGUAUUUCAAGGCUCUCGGACUUGGGGCGGUGGAGUUCUACUAUUUCCAGAGGAUGAGUAGUUGGGCAACGUGUGGGAUGAGGCCAUCUUUGGAAGCCUCGGAUGGUACUCCAGGGAGAGAAGAUGCUCAGAGGGACGCAAGUGAAGUGCAUGGUGAUGGAGGGGACAGACUCACAGAUGGCGGCACGGACAGCUUGCCUGGGAUUCUUACUGCUGAAGAAAAGAAGAAAGUAGGACAUCUUUGCAAACUGCUGAUUAACCAAGGCAGACUCCAGUAUUUGCAGCAGAAAGGCUUCAGUCCUGCCUUACAGUACUAUACAGACCCAUUGGUGUCUCUGGAAAAUGUACUGUUAACUGCCGUACCAGCUCAUACGUCAUCGCAGGAAAAACAUCAUCAAUGAAAGGAAACAUGAACAUGAUGUCUAUCUUCCACAAACAAAAAAUGUUAAAUUAUUUUUAAAUUAUUUUUGACAUUCAUAAAAAUAUUCACCAAGUUGUCACAGUAUUCCUUUUCUACAGGACUCUUUAAAUUACUUUAUCCAUCAGAAUGUAUAGAGCUUGGCAUUUGAGUCAGACAGUUGACUGGAUCUUCUGAAAGAUAGAACAUCAGCGUAUAAUUACAGGAUGAACUCAGUGUUAAUCUUGGAAACUCAUCUCUGGUUUUAUUUGAUAUUUUUUCAUUUUUUGAGCUCCAGUUGUAAUAAACAGUAUAAGUUUAUAACAAGGAUCAA